AUGUUCGACAUGCGUGAGGGCCAACGUGCAGGUGUGCUGGCAGUAGCGUGGCGAGUGGGAUAUGGCGCUGAUGGUCCGGAUUACGGAUCUGCAGCACGGUGGGGUUGUUCGGGUGUAUUCGUGGUGGGGUUGUUCGGGUGUAUUCGUGGUGGCGUCUGGAACGCGGUGGAGCGGUUGGAUGUGUUGCGUCAGCCGGAUAUCUCGUGGCGGUGUCGCGACCUGGACCUGGCCGUGGGGCUGCACACGAUGGUCGAAGUGAACGAAACGGCGGAAGAGGCCAAGAUGGAGAUCAUGGAGGUGGAGGAUGCGACUCCCGAGGUCAGGAAGGCUGAGUUGUGGAUCAGCGUGGCGCUGCUCCAGCUGGAAGUUCCGCGUAAGACGGAGAUACACGUUCGGAACCGGUGCCAACGUGGACGUAGCCAUGAGCAGUAG